AUGGGUCUCACAAGUGGGUCAUGGAGCGAUCAUGAGCAAGAUAAACGACGUCCACGUGAAUGUCUUCUCACGCGACACAUCGCGUCGCUGCCUGCGCCUGCGCCGGCCGCCGCCUGUCGGUUCUCAUUGAUAUUCGCGGGACAAUUGGCGGCGCCUUUCUUAAUUCCCACUUUGCUCAGACUAAUUACAAACGCCAUGUUUCCGACAUCCGCU